AUGCCAUACUCGGGACGAGAUGACAGACAGCUGACAAAUGCGACUAAUACAAUUGCAGCCUUCGAUCUGGCAGCCGAAACCCCGAAGGUUUUGGUUAGUACCAGUCUUACAAACGCCGCCAAAAUUGAGGAAGUCGAGGAAAUCGUCGAGACCGAGGAGGUUAUCCUCUGUCCCGACGAAUUGCACCAUGAGGAGUUCGAAAUUACUACGGUGCCGAUGGAGACAACCACCGUGCUAACGACCACCAGCGGCUCGGGUAACACGAAGCGGGACGUUCGGGACCUGGCCAAGGAGGCUCAUUAUCAGGCCAGCCUUCUUAUGCAGGAAUCUGAAGCUCAAGAACAUCACUUCCAGCAUGCUUCAAGCGCCGAUGACACGGAGUGUUCAGACCAGGAGCAUGCGAUGGGCGAUUUGAGUUUCAGCAAUGAGCAGGAAAUCAAUGACAGUAUCAAUAACAGCGGCCUAAACUCCAGUCGUAAGCGCCGUGGAAAUCUUCCAAAAGCAUCCGUCAAGAUAUUGAAACGAUGGCUUUACGAUCACCGUUUCAAUGCGUAUCCGACGGAUGCUGAGAAGUUAGUUUUGUCACAAGAAGCCAAUCUUACUGUGCUGCAGGUAUGCAACUGGUUCAUCAAUGCGCGGAGGCGCAUAUUGCCAGAAAUGAUCCGACGGGAGGGACACGAUCCGCUGCAUUACACCAUCUCAAGGCGCGGCAAAAAGUUGACUGGUCCAAUGGGUGGCCCAGGUCAGAUGGCGCAUUCGUUGAGCCCAACAGCCGAAUUGAUAGUGGGCGCAACGGAGGAGAUUAUUGAAGAGGAAGAGGUUAUCGAAGACGGUGUACCGCAGAUUAUUACUUCCAGUCUUGGGCAUCAAUAUGUGCAAACUCCAAACGGAUUGGUGAAGGUCGAGGAUGACGUUGAUUACGAAGACAAUAUCAUCUACCGAUCGGACGACAGCAACAUCGAGUAUGAGUACACGCAAAGCGAGGAGGAAAUGCAACCGUCGGAGCAAACCGAGUGGGGUGGCAUCAUUCGUUACGCAACGGACAAGGACGAGGAAAUUCACGAAGAGAUCACGGAGGAGGAAGUCAUUGACAGCCCCGUAAACGAGUACUUCACGACGUCACACACAAAUAUUGCUCAUAUACCUACGUUGAGCACAAAUAAUUUGACAGCAUCUCGAGCAGUUGCAACCAACAAUCCUUCUAAGAUUAUCACGACCACACCAGUUCCAGUCGGGUUGCAGCGAGUGCAGCUGAUCGGUACAACAGGCAAUAUCGGACAGACAACAACGGGAACAGCUACGGUUGGGAAUGUGAUCAGCACGGGCCAUGUGGUCAGUGGCCAGCCCAUAGUUUCCACGACGCUUGGCACUGUGAAGAUCGGUGGCAGUACAGUUCCCCUGCAAACUUUGAAAGUGGGUCCCAAGAAGCUAACCGUUGUGACAAGCUCUGGAAAGGCAACGACCGUAACAGCAACUCCACUGAGUGAAUCGAACGCCAAGACGAUAACGACCACAAUAGUCCCGGGUGCUGGUGGUGGCAAUGCCACCGGGGGCGGCGGAAAUACCACAGUGAACAUUAACAACAACAGCAGUAGUAGCAACAAUAAUAAUAAUUCUCAGAACACCAACCAACAUACGACGACGGCAGUCAAAGUUAAAGGCGUAAUCCGCGACGAUAAAGAUCAGUUUAAGUGUCUCUACCUGCUUGUAGAGACGGCUGUCGCUGUCCGCCAGCGAGAAAAAGAACAAGAUGAUGUGCAUGUCCUCGGAAACUAAACACCUGGGUGGCAGAGAGCAUUCACCUAACACAGAAAUUGAAGAGACAAAGAAAAGUAAAAAGUAGACUCGUAGUAUAAGGGAUGCACCACCUUUGGUACAUUCGGUCUGACGACACUGAGUGCGGCAACGUUCGGUAUAUGUCUUGUUGUGACGUACCACAAGACGCAUUUCCUCUGGGCCCGGAGUCGAAAUCACUCGAGACUCGAAAGCCCCGUCCACCAGACGUAUCAUUGUUCCCAAGAAUAUAUAGGAUGUUCUUCAAUUCUAUUAACGUAACUUGAGGCAAGUUGUGUGGUGUACAUAAAUGUUCGUCAGUAAACGAUUCAGAAAAACACGCAGGGAAUUAUUACUAUUGCAUACUUUUUACACGCAUUUCAAACAAUGCACUGAAUGGUCCCUUGCGCAAGCAAUCAACCUUUGGGUUGCAAUUUUGCAAUUGAACCUUUCUCGCAGCAACUCUGUGUUUAAUACACCGAAUGCAUCAUUUGACGGGUGAAGAAAUGGGAUGGACAUUACUUCACAUAAACGUCUACUGUAGGUUUAUUUCUUGUCCACAACUGUUGUGUGAAUGUUUCACGAGAUAUGAAAGGGUUUUUUCCAGGUUUAUUUUUAUCUCUAUCAUUUGAUCCAUUGGAGCAUCAUUGGUUGUUUUAAAAAUGUACGAAAAAAGGCAACACACCGCGGUGUCGGCAAAGGAAGUAAACAAUCAAUACACAUGUAAAUAGAACUAACAGUGAGAGAUGUCAGUUUAUUUGAAAGAGGCACACAUCAUGGAAACACCAGAGCAAACCAACAGACCUCCAACACAUUUAGGAGCAUCUGUUAAUGGCACAAAACGUGGGUUUAGUUGGGUCAAGAAAAGGAACAAAGUACCUCAAACAGGCGCCUAUUUUUACGUGAUUUUCUUUAUUAAUUUAGGAUGAAUGCUGGCAAAUGAUUGGAUAAAACAGUCAGACCACAAUCAAACUGUACAUAAAACAGGGUACUGUUUGUGUUCUAAUUGUUUCGAGCAGCAGCAGAAUAUUUUAGCCAUAGCCAGAAAUUUAAGUCAGAGGUUUUGGGGCGAUGCGUAGUAAGUUAAGUUGUAACUAGACAAAAGUCGCACUUGUAACGUAAAGCCAAACAACGAACAAAAUAGAUCAUUGUGGCCUAUUGUGUUCAUUAUUUGUCGCUUUAGUUUCUAUCAAAUUUGGGUUCCUAUUAAUGAUUCAGACCCCACCAGCGCGCACCAGUGGGAAAGAUAAAAUACGCAAUACAAAACUGUGUCAUAAAUGCUCCGGUUUCUUAUUCUCGAUUAACAUUACCCUAUUUUAAGGGGUAACUGUUUUUACUGUUUGUAUUUUGCUAACUUACUGGUGACUAAACAACUGCGACUUUGACGGAUCCUAUUGCACUGUUGGAUUACUCUGGUGUUUCUGUGAACACACAGUUUUGCAAUUUCCCUUUGAUGGUCUUUUAAUAUUUUAUACACAAUCACUUGUUCUCGACAUCUCGGUUGAAAGUAUAUAUUUCAAGCAAGUAAGUUAAGUUUGUACUUUAGUAACGAAUGUAGCAGCGUGCGGAGAUUUUUCGGCCGAAAGGAAAUAAGGAAAAAAAUAAAACGAGCAACACCCGCAGAGAGGAACCGCCGCCCGCACUUUUGCUCCCUUCUGCAAUGAUACUGAUAAGCGGUUAGAAUGUAGCAACCAAAAAGUUGAUCCUUUAAAGCUACAAAAUGGAUAGUUGUUUAGGUUUGCUCUACAUUCUAGAGAAGGGAAACGAUUGGAAUUAGUUUUAAGGUGAAAAAGAAACCCGGAAGCUUCAGGCGGAAAGAAGAACACAACCACAACACAAUUACAGUUGAGUUAUUUUUGUUCAUUCUUUUCCAUUUUUGUAGCUUCCAGGCAAAGAUACAAAUGACGUUGCAAAACAUGGGCACGAGGAAGAGCAAACACAAACAAUUAAAAUGCGUUUUAUAAAUGAUUGUAUAGUGAGACGCGAAAUCAGCUAAAGUACGAAAAUUCAGCCGAAUAUUGUUAAUAGUGAAUAAUGAGCGGAAUACACCGAUUCAUCGAUCGUCUUAGCAAUGAGUUAUCAAAAACUAUUUCAUCUCCAUUUCCCUACCGCAAUAUGAACGGAAUUCUGAUCGCGGUAAAAACAAAUGACACCCCACAUUUCCUUCGUCCCCUCGUAAAUUCUGGUUGAUUGCAUGAGCAGAAAGUCGAAACAAAUGA